AUGAGGAUCACUUAAAUGAACAUGUUUUCAGAUACUGUUAUGAAGGAAAAAUCUCAAGCAUCUCUCUUCAGGUCAGUUCUGAAGUGCAUUCCAUAUUUGAUUGAGGAGGUUGGUCGCAGUGAUAAAAUCACUGAAAUUAUUCCACAACAUGGCAUAAGUAUUGAUCCUGGUGUUCGUGAAGAAGCAGUACAAGUUAUGAAUCGCAUUGUACGGCAUCUUCCUCAUCGUCGUUAUGCUGUGGUGAGAGGGAUGGCUACCUUUAUACUGAAACUCCCUGAUGAAUUCCCUCUAUUAAUUCAAACUUCACUGGUCCGCCUUGUGGAGCUUAUUCGGUUGUGGAGGGCUUGCUUGUCUGAAGAACUGUUGGUAAAUGAUGGUCAAAACAUUAAGAGAUCAGGUCUUGGAGGGGAGAAAGUCAACAGAUCUCCAUUUUUUCAGUCUGCAGAUCUGUCUGAUUUCAGGACAACAGAAGUUGAUGCUCUUGGUCUUGUUUUCCUCAGUUCAGUCGAUGUCCAGAUAAGACAUACUGCAUUAGAAUUACUGAGAUAUGUUCGUCUUUUAAGAAAUGAUAUCAGAGACCUUGCAGCAAAUGAACGGGCAGAUCAUAAAUUUUAUGAGCCAGAACCAAUUUAUGUCAUUGACGUGCUGGAAGAAAAUGGAGAUGAUAUUGUUAUGAGUUGCUAUUGGGAUCCUGGACGCCCAUUUGAUUUGAGGAGGGAAUUUGAUCCAGUGCCUCCUGAUAUAACGCUGCAAUCCAUUCUUGAAAACCCUGAUAAAAACAGAUGGGCUCGUUGCCUUAGUGAAUUUGUUAAGUUUGCUUCUGAACUUUGCCCAAAUUCUGUUCAAGAAGCAAGGCUGGAAGUUAUGAGGAGGCUUGCGCUUGUUACACCAGUUGAAUUAGGUGGGAAGGCCAAUCAGUCUCAAGAUGCAGAAAACAAACUAGAUCAGUGGUUAAUGUAUGCGAUGUUUUCAUGUUCCUGUCCUCCUGAUAACAGAGAAGAGGGUAGCUUUGCAGCGGCUAAGGAACUUUUUCAUCUUAUUUUCCCGGCUUUGAGACAUGGCUCUGAAACACAUGUACAAGCAGCUAUUACCGCUCUUGGUCACUCAAGCUUGGAAAUAUGUGAAACAAUGUUUGGCGAGCUUGCAACAUUUGUUGAAGAAGUUUCAUUAGAAGCAGAAGGCAAACCAAAAUGGAAGAAUCAGAAAUCUCGCCGUGAAGAUUUUCGGAUACAUAUUGCGAAUAUCUAUCGUACAAUUGCUGAAAAAAUCUGGCCAGGGAUGCUUAUUCGGAAGCCUGUUCUGCGACUACAUUUUCUGAGAUUCAUUGACGAAACAUAUCGCCAGAUAAGCACGCAGAUGAGCAUGUCAGCAACUGACAAUGUUCAGGAACUGCUGCCACUUCGUUAUGCAUUAGCUUCUGUUGUAAGAUAUUUAGCUCCAGAGUUUGUUGAAUCAAAGUCUGAGAAGUUUGAUGUCAGAACUAGGAAGAAGCUUUUUGAUUUCCUGCUCAGUUGGUGUGAUGAAACAAACAGUGAAAGCAGCAAUGAUUAUCACAGGGAGGUUGAGCGUUACAAGUCAGGACAGCAUAUUAGAUCAAGAGAGUCUAUAGAUAAAUUUUCUUUUGAUAAGGAGGUAGUUGAACAAGUGGAGGCUGUACAAUGGACCUCCAUGAAUGCAAUUGCCUCUCUCUUGUAUGGACCUUCUUUUGAUGAUAAUGCGAGGAAGAUGAGUGGUCGCGUUAUAUCUUGGAUCAACAAUUUAUUUAUGGAACCAACCCACCGUGCUCCAUUUGGUUAUUCGCCUGUGGAUCCUCGAACUCCAUCAUAUUCAAAGUACAUAGGAGAUGGAGGUCGGCUGAUUGCUGGACGAGAUAAGCACAAAAAUGGACAUCUCCGGGUCCUUCUAGCAAAAAUUGCCCUAAAAAAUCUUUUGCAAACAAAUCUGGAGUUAUUUCCUGCUUGCAUUGAUCAGUGCUAUUCUCCAGAUUCUUCAAUAGCAGAUGGUUACUUUAGUGUACUAGCCGAGGUCUAUAUGUGCGAAGAAGUUACAAAAUGUGAGAUUCAGAGACUACUAAGUCUAAUCCUCUACAAAGUAGUUGAUCAAUCCAGGCAAAUUCGUGAUAAUGCCCUUCAAAUGUUGGAAACCCUUUAUAUACGUGAGUGGGCUGAGGAUUAUAUUGAAGGUGCAGGACGCUACCAGGUGUCAGUUGUUGGCAACCUUCCAGACUCUUAUCAACAAUUUCAGUACAAACUCUCCUCAAAACUUGCUAAAGACCAUCCUGAACUUAGUGAGCUUCUUUGUGAAGAAAUUAUGCAACGUCAGCUUGAUGCAGUCGACAUAAUUGCUCAGCAUCAGGUUCUAACUUGCAUGGCUCCUUGGAUUGAAAAUCUGAACUUUGUGAAACUUUGGGAAUCUGGUUCUGGUUGGAACAAAAGACUGUUGAAAAGUCUCUAUUAUGUGACGUGGAAACAUGGUGAUCAAUUUCCUGAUGAGAUAGAGAAGCUAUGGAAUACAGUUGCUUGCAAUAACAGGAACAUUGUUCCAGUCCUUGACUUUUUGAUCACUAAAGGGAUCGAAGAUUGUGAUUCUAAUACAUCAGCAGAGAUAACAGGAGCAUUUGCUACAUAUUUUUCUGUAGCCAAACGUGUUAGUUUAUAUCUAGCACGUAUCUGUCCACAACAAACAAUUGAUCACUUGGUAUGCGAGUUGUCACAGAGAAUGCUGGAGGAGAUUGAGGAACCAGUUAGGCCUAGCAAGGGUGAUCCUAUGGCAAACUUUAUUUUGGAGUUCUCUCAAGGACCCACAACUGCUACUCAGGUUGCAACAAUUGCCGACAGUCAACCUCACAUGUCCCCGUUGCUUGUUCGAGGCUCCCUUGAUGGCCCACUUAAAAAUGCGAGUGGUAAUUUGAGCUGGCGGACUUCAGGAAUAACAGGCCGUAGUAUCUCAGGCCCAUUGAGUCCAAUGCAUCCUGAAGGUAACUUGGUUCCUCCUACCACUGGCAGAUCAGGGCAGCUCCUUCCUGCACUUAUGAACAUAUCAGGCAUGAGCUUGUCAGGGCCAUUGAUGAAUAUUCGAGGCUCAACUGGCAACUUGAGAAGCCGCCAUGUAUCUCGUGAUAGUGCAGAUUGUUUGAUUGAUACACCAAAUUCUGGCGAGGAUAUAUUGCAUCCUGGUAGUAUAAUUCAAGGGAUUAAUGCCAGCGAACUCCAAUCAGCAUUGCAAGGACAUCAACAGCAUUUACUUUCCCGAGCAGACAUAGCAUUGAUAUUGCUUGCUGAAAUUGCCUAUGAAAAUGAUGAAGAUUUUCGUGAACAUUUGCCUUUGCUCUUCCAUGUUACAUGUGUUUCCAUGGAUAGUUCAGAAGACAUAGUUCUCUUGCAUUCUCAACAUCUUCUUGUCAACUUACUUUAUUCACUUGCUGGAAGACACCUAGAACUAUAUGAGGUUGAGAUCAGUGAUGGAGAGAAUAAGCAGAAAGUGUUUAGCCUAAUAAAGUACAUUCAGUCCAAGCGUGGCAGCUUGAUGUGGGAGAAUGAGGACCCGACUCUUGUGAGAACUGAGCUCCCCAGUACUGCACUGCUUUCGGCACUUGUCUUGAGCAUGGUGGAUGCCAUUUUUUUCCAGGGUGAUCUACGAGAGACAUGGGGUGCAGAAGCACUCAAGUGGGCAACUGAAUGCACAUCUAGACAUCUUGCAUGUCGUUCACACCAGAUAUAUAGGGCUCUACGGCCUAGUGUGAAAAGUGAGAAUUGUGUGAUACUUCUCCGCUGCCUUCACAGAUGCUUGGGUAAUCCUGUUCCAGCUGUUCUUGGGUUUGCAAUGGAAAUUCUCUUGACAUUGCAGGUAAUGGUGGAAAAUAUGGAGCCAGAGAAGGUUAUUCUCUAUCCACAACUUUUCUGGGGUUGUGUUGCUAUGAUGCACACAGAUUUCGUGUACAUUUACUGCCAGGUGCUUGAGCUGUUUUCCCGUGUAAUUGAUAGGUUGUCCUUCCGUGAUCAGACAACCGAGAAUGUACUAUUGUCCAGCAUGCCACGUGAUGAGUUUGACAUCUACAGUUGUGACACAGCAGAGAUUCACAGCUUGGAAACGAGAUCUGGCCGAGAAUCUUUGCCAUCUGAGAGUGGGAAGGUCCCAGCGUUUGAAGGCGUGCAGCCUCUUGUGCUGAAGGGACUUAUGUCCACUGUCAGUCAUGAUUCAGCGAUCGAGGUGCUAUCUCGAAUGACUGUUCCUUUUUGUGAUUCCAUAUUUGGGAGCCAGGAGACACGACUUUUGAUGCACAUUACAGGUUUACUUCCCUGGCUCGCCUUGCAGCUAACCAAGGAUCCAGUUUCCACUGACUCAGUUUCACCUCUUCAACAUCAGUACCAGAAGGCUUGCUCUGUUGCUUCUAAUGUUUCCUUCUGGUGUCGUGCAAAAGCAUUAGAUGAUCUUGCUGAAUUGUUUUUAGCUUAUUCUCGUGGUGAAAUAAUUUCUACUGAUGACCUAUUUGCACGUGUCUCUCCGCUUAUCUGUUCUGCAUGGUUCCCUAAACACUCAUCUUUAGCAUUUGGCCAUUUGCUAAGGUUACUUGAGAAGGGCCCUUUGGCGUAUCAGCGAGUGGUAUUAUUGAUGCUCAAAGCAUUCUUGCAGCAGACACCUAUGGAUGCAGCCCAGAGUCCACAUGUUUAUGCUGUUGUGUCGCAACUUGUCGAGAGUACACUGUGUUGGGAGGCACUUGGUGUUCUGGAAGCUCUUUUGCAGAGUUGUAGUAGCGUUAGUGGUGGAUACACGGAUGAUGUGGUAUUUAACGAAAAUGGUUAUGGUGCAAGCGAGAGAAUCUUGCAAGGUAUUCUAGUGCCUCAGAGCUCGUUCAAGGCUCGAAGUGGACCUCUUCAAUAUUUAGCAGGAUCUGCAUUUGGCAUUGCAUUUGCAGCUCAAGUUGCUGCAGGCACAGCAGAUGGUAGUUCGUCAGCUAGAGAGACAGCACUUCAGAAUACUCGCUUACUUCUUGGUCGCGUGCUUGACAAUUGUGCGCUUGGUAAGAAGAGGGAUCACAAGCGCCUAGUUCCCUUUGUUGUCAAUGUUGGAACCUAAAACAUAUGGUACUGGCAAUUUUCCACGACAACUGUAUAUAUAAUAUUCUCAUAAUCCACGAGUUGGAUGAUAGUGAUGCGCUGAACCAUCAUUUUCUUGAAUGCCCAGCAAGUGAAAUUAAGGAGCAUCAUCUUGCCAUGCAAAUUUUGCACACAUUUGAGAACUUGAACUCCCAACCCGGGAUGUGCUCCCUACACACUGAAUGCCGCAUGGAGACCCAACUUAAAAGCUUGACAUUUGCUCAUUGAAGUGUGGAUGAUGCGCGACAGUGACUCAGAAUCCGUUUCUUUAUUAAUCCUUUCUUCCAAUUCCAGCAUCUCAUUGUAGCUAGCAAUCAUCGGCAGGCCUCUUCCUUUCCCUAGUUACUGAAUUUGUAAUUGUUUCUGUUAUCCUAAUGUCUACAUGACAUGCUGCAGUCCUGCAAUUUGGAACCUUGUUGCAAUUGUACGCAUCAUGAAAGUGGCUCCAGUCCAUGAUUUGUACCGUAAAAGCUGCAUGGGAAAGAAGCUCGGAAGACCACGUUCUAAACAGGUUAGCACCAACACGGGGGUUUUUUUUUUUUAAUUUUUUUUACUUGUAUAGAUUUUAGAACAUCGUAAAUGUAAUAUGAUGUCAUCCUUCCAACGAUCACUUGCUUUGCUAGAUUUAUUGGAUGCUUUAAUCUCUUAUUGGAAUAUGAUCACUAUGAACUAUUGUCUUCAACA